AUGUCUAGAAAAGACGAUGACCUAGCCUACGGAGACGAGUACGGCAAAGAUCGAGGAGCAGGCUCUCAGGGCACUGACCGCGGCAUUGUCGGGGACACAUUCAAAUUCUUGAAGAACAAGUACCAGCAAUCUCAACACCCACAGCCAUCACAGUCACCGUAUGGAUAUACUGAGCAACCAAGCAAUCCGGCUGGUCAGCAGUACACCCAUGAACCAGCUGGCUAUAAUCCUGCGACUAGUGGUCAAGCCCCGUACCCUGGUGGGCCACCUCCACAGGCACCACAGAAGAAACCGGACGCUGUCAGCUCUAUCUUCAAUACCCUCCAUGGAGUUGUACAUGGCGUUGGGGCAGAGCUUGUCGGGAAAUUCAGCGGCCAGAAUGAGCCUCAGUCGACCUCUCAUCAUGGAGCUCAAAGUGGACAAUCAGCCUACCAAGGUGCAUAUGUCUCGCCCGAUACGACCAGUAAUAGAUACAGCAGCUUUGCAGGACAGAAGAACGGCAACGAUGUGAAGUGGUACGUCGACGGUUGUAGUUACAUGUAUGCUGUAUCCAAAGCACUUGAAGGUGCCAGGGAUUCCAUCUGGAUUCUGGACUGGUGGCUCUCGCCUGAGCUAUAUCUGCGGAGACCGCCAAUGAAGAACGAGCAGUACCGGAUCGAUAGGAUGCUCCAAGCUGCAGCACAGCGUGGUGUCCGUGUCAACGUUAUCGUCUACAAGGAGGUGACCCAAGCUCUCACUCGUAAGUACCUGUCACCUACCCUGCCUGAAUACCUCCAUUCCAUGCUCCCACGAUCUACCGAUGCUGUCACCUCCUUUCUUGUCAAGAUGGGUUUGAUGGCUACAGCCGCCUCAAUGGAAUAUCUUGAAGCAGAGAAUCCGCUGAUUGCGCCUCCUGUGACAGUCUCUUCUAGUCAUACGAAGCAUGCUCUCGAAGACUUACAUCCGAACAUCGCUGUUUUUCGCCAUCCCGAUCACUUACCAGACGCAAAGACCAUGCAAUCAUCAUUGGUUUCAUCGCUGUCUAAUCUUAAGCUUGAUGCUGCUACCGCAUCAAGGUUAGGCGGCGAUGCCCUCAAAUCGAUGUAUGGCAUGACCGACGGCGUCAUUUUAUACUGGGCGCACCAUGAAAAGCUCUGCUUGGUAGAUGGGAAAACCGCGUUCAUGGGCGGUCUUGAUCUCUGCUACGGCCGUUGGGAUACUAAUCAGCAUCCUAUUGCUGAUGCUCAUCCACACGACCUACGCGCAAUUGUCUUUCCUGGACAGGACUACAACAACGCCAGAAUAAUGGAUUUUGAUGAUGUUGUCCACUGGCAAAACAAUAAACUCGACAGGAAGACAAGCUCGCGAAUGGGCUGGUCAGAUAUUUCCGUCAGCCUUCACGGGCCAGUUGUGCAGGACCUGCGGCGACAUUUUGUUGAUCGGUGGAAUUUCAUCCUAGACGAGAAAUACACCGUGAGGCAAGAUGCUCGGUAUGUGAGGUUAUCACUCUCUGGCGCAGCUGGAGUACCCCCUGGUCGGCCUCAAAGCUCUCAGCUUGGUAGUUCAUAUCAGCAAGAGAACCUUCAGUCACAGAUCAACCCCGGGCAUGGAUCUCAACCACAAUUUCCUCCUCAGUCGGGAUCUAGCACUAGCUAUACACCGUAUCAGCAGGGUACAAGCCGUCCUCAUUCCCCACAACCUCCCUAUCAUGCGCAAGCCACGCAACCGUACCAGCAGAGUGUGUACAGCAGUCAGCAGGAAGGGCAGUAUUAUCCACCGCCACCUCCAGGGCCGCCACCGAUGUCGCAAUAUGGCUCGGGCCAAGAAGGACCUUAUACCACUUACGAGCGCCCUCCAAAGCCUGAGCAUGGCUAUUCUGCUGAGCUCGAGGGUAAUAGACCUCAGAAUACCAUGUACAAUUCACCACCACCUAGCCAAUAUUAUGAUCCACCUCCGACGCAAUCGAGGGGCUUCGACGAUGAAGAAUCUUUUGACCGGUCUUCAGACGGCGAUCGAGGAUUUGGCGGCAGGUCUUCCAGGUAUGGUGACGAAGGACGACGGUUGAAAGAUGAGAUGAAAGGCAUUGGGUCUAUGCUCAAAGUACAUGCGGAACAUCACCUUCAACAACAUGCUCACGGCAAGCACACAGGCGGCUCAGACUCAUCUAGACCACCAAGGCCAAGACCUCUAGGGGGUGCCAUGCCUUGCCAAAUUGUUCGUAGUUGCACCAAGUGGAGUAACGGAACCCCUACCGAGCAUUCCAUCCAAAAUGCAUAUAUCGACAUCAUCCAGAGAAGUCAGCAUUUUGUCUACAUUGAGAAUCAGUUCUUCAUCACUGCUACUGGCGACCAGCAGAAGCCUGUCAAGAAUCAAGUUGGCAGAGCGCUUGUGGAGAGGAUCGUACGUGCCGCACGUGCUGGCCAGCGGUACAAAGUUAUUGUUCUCAUGCCGUCCGUUCCUGCAUUCGCCGGUGAUCUGCGAGACGACGCAGCUUUAGGUACACGAGCUAUCAUGGAGUUCCAGUACAAUUCUAUCAACCGUGGGGGACAUUCCAUUAUGGAAAUGAUAGCCCGGGAGGGCAUCAAUCCUAAUGAGUAUAUCCGAUUCUACAAUCUCCGGAACUACGACCGCAUCAACGCAAGUGGUGUGAUGCACCAGGCGGAAGGGAUAAGUGGCGUCAAUUAUGAGGAUGCUAGAAGGCAACACGACGAGGCCGUGGGAGCUGGAUACGGAGGACAGGGAGAAAGCAUCGGUGGCUCCAUCGUCAAUCCUAGCUCUCAGUAUCAGCAAUAUCAAAGUGCAGCUCAAUAUGUCGCACCAGGCACGGCGACAGGGAGCGGCAGGUGGGAUACGGUCAGCGAAUGCUAUAUGCUUGGUGGAGAAGACAUUCGGAACGUGCCCUGGGACAAUGAUGGCGACCUCUCAGAAAUCGAUGCCUUCGUGAGCGAAGAGCUGUAUAUUCAUUCGAAGGUACUCAUUGCUGAUGAUCGUAUUGUUGUUUGCGGUUCUGCAAAUUUGAAUGAUCGUUCGCAGCUUGGGACUCAUGAUUCUGAGAUUGCAAUCAUCAUUGAGGAUCCGACCCCAGUGCAGUCGACCAUGGCUGGCCAACCCUGGCAGGCAACGCGUUUUGCAGCUUCAUUGAGACGUCAACUGUUCAGGAAGCAUUUGGGCCUUCUAAGACCACAGGAUAUGCAACGGCCGGAUGAGAACUUUGAGCCGGUCGGUGUGCAUAACAGAUACGACUGGGACACUCCCGAAGACAACAUUGUGGCUGAUCCACUGUCUGACGCGUUUGAGAGCCUAUGGAACUCUCGAGCCAAAACCAACACGGAGAUUUUCCGCAAAGUCUUCCAUGCCGUUCCGGACGAUACUGUUCGGAAUUGGAAUGAUUAUAAGGAGUUCUACGAGUACUACUUUCAAAAAGACGAUGCAAAAGGUGACGCAAAGGGUGAUGCAAAGAAGGCUGAGCAGAAACCAGCCAGAUACAUGUGGGGUCAUGUGGUCAGAGACGAAUUCAGCCCAGGGGCAGCGGGUGCCAGAGAGGUAAAGGACUGGCUGAGCCGCGUGAAAGGCACUCUGGUAGAGAUGCCGUUGAUGUUUUUGAUCGACGAAGAUAUUGCCCAGGAAGGUGCGACUCUGAAUGCACUCACAGAGGAGGUCUACACUUGA